AUGUCAAAUAGAGAAAAAAAGUUCUCCUGUAUGGAAUGUGACAAAGUGUUUAGCUGGAGGUCUUCUCUGAGGUCACAUUUACUUACUCACAGUAAUAUCAAAAACUUUGAAUGUGAUGAAUGUGGGAAACAGUUUUCACAAAAAGGUACUCUCAAGAAACAUAUACUUGUGCACAAUGGCUUUAAAGAAUUUGAAUGUGCUGAAUGUGAGAAAACGUUUUCACAAAAGAGUCAUCUCAAGAGACAUUCGCUUGUGCACAAAGGCAUUAAGAAGUUUAUAUGUGAAGAAUGUGGGAAAAGGUUUUCACAAAAAAGUGAUCUGAAGACACAUAUACUUGUGCACAAUGGCAUUAAAGAAUUUGAAUGUGAUGAAUGUGGGAAGAAGUUUUCUUUAAAGGGUGAUCUCAACAGACAUUUGCUUGUUCAUAAUGGUAUUAAAAGGCUUAAAUGUGAUGUAUGUGGGAAAUGUUUUUCCAGGAAAGAUAAUCUCAGAUGUCAUAUACGUGCACAUGAAAAAAGCAGAAUUUCAUAA